GAGGCAUGAGCAUGACAGGGGCGGCGCGGUGGGGUUAUAAUGUUCCAAUCCACUCUGGGAACUCUAGGAAGGUAACUGCCUCUCGGUUCGGCCGAAGCUUUGCUCAGGUCAUCGCCUCUCCGGCUCUGAAUCUCUGAUCAGUCAUCAAAGUGGUUCAAAGAACUGAAGUUGAACCUUGCUUGAUAUUAUUUUGGUAUCAUGAGUUCGAAUGAUUACACAGUGGAAGUUACAGGCCUAUCUCCUACUGCAACGGAGAAGGAUGUUUAUGAUUUCUUUGCUUUCUCAGGCACAGUAGAACAUGUUGAAAUUAUCAGAUCUGGAGAUUAUGCUUGUACGGCUUAUGUGACCUUCAAAGAAGCUCAUUCUCUGGAAACGGCUGUUUUGCUCAGUGGAGCUACAAUUGGAGAUCAACGGGUAUGUAUAACUCGCUGGGGACAUAAUGGAGAUGAAUUUGAUUUUUGGAAUAGACCCUCCUCAUGGAGGCUUGACGAUGAAACUGGUUCAAGGGAUACCCAUGGGAAUCAUUUUGUUUCUACUCCAGGUGAAGCAUUGACAAUGGCUCAGGAAGUAGUCAAAACUAUGCUAUCUAAAGGUUAUGUUCUUGGGAAAGAUGCAUUGAGCAAAGCCAAAGCUUUUGACGAAUCUCAUCAAGUCUCAGCUACUGCAGCAACUAAGGUUUCCGAAGUGAGCAAGAAUAUCGGACUCACUGAUAAGCUUUGUGCAGGAGUGGAGGCUGUCAAAUCAGUGGAUGAGAAGUACCAUGUAUCAGAGACUACCAUAACAGCUGUUUCUGCUACAGGAAGAGCAGCAGCAGCUGCCACGAACACUGUCGUCAACAGUAGCUACUUCGCUAAAGGAGCUCUUUGGGUGUCAGGUGCCCUCACUCAGGCAGCCAAAGUUGCAGCUGAUUUGGGCAGUCGUAAUAAUAAAUGAGAUCUUGAGUUGAUCCAGAUACAGCCGUUACAUUGUAUAUCAUUAUGUACAAGUAAAAAUGGAAAAUCUUGAACUUAAGAGAAGUGGGGUCGAGAGACAUGCAAAGCUUAUGCAAAGCUUAAACCUUAUAUUGGAGGGUAAGGAUUUCCGUAGCCAAUUUUAUUUAGUUGGGAUAAUGAAUAGAAGUUGUUGUACAAGUAUAAUUGCACUUGUAUCGUGUGUGCAAAGUAAAAUCGUGUUGCAUCCAUGGAUAGUAAGAUACUAAGGCCCUGUUUGAUAACGUUCCCAGAAA